GCGAAAACCCUAAUUAGCUUUGUGGUCUUGUUGUUUUCGCCAUGGAAGACGACGGCAAGAGCAGCCCCAAGUUACCGAUUCCUGGCAAGAGAAAUAUACUAAUCACCAGUGCUUUGCCUUACGUCAACAACGUUCCUCAUCUCGGAAACAUCAUCGGAUGUGUUCUGAGCGCUGAUGUGUAUGCUAGAUACUGUCGUCUCCGUGGCUAUAAUGCGAUAUAUAUAUGUGGAACCGAUGAAUAUGGGACUGCAACUGAGACCAAAGCUUUGGAGGAGAAUUGCACUCCCAAGGAAAUCUGUGACAAGUACCAUGCUAUUCAUAAAGAAGUUUAUGACUGGUUUGAUAUAAGUUUUGACAAGUUUGGGCGAACUUCAACUCCAGAACAGACUGAAGUGUGUCAAGCAAUUUUCAAGAAGUUGUGGGAUAAUAAGUGGCUUUCAGAGAACACCAUGCAGCAGCUUUACUGCGAUACAUGCAAGAAGUUCUUAGCUGACCGGCUUGUUGAGGGUUCUUGUCCGUUUGAAGGAUGUAAUUAUGAUUCUGCUCGUGGAGAUCAGUGCGAAAAAUGUGGAAAGCUCCUGAAUCCUACUGAACUUAAAGAUCCGAAGUGCAAGGUCUGUCAAAACACACCCCGAAUUCGCGACACAGACCACCUGUUUAUUGAGCUUCCGUUACUGAAAGAUAGGUUGGAAGAGUAUAUUAACGAGACCUCUGUUACUGGAUCUUGGAGUCAAAAUGCGAUUCAAACGACAAAUGCAUGGCUUAGGGAUGGGCUUAGACAGAGAUGCAUUACAAGGGAUCUUAAGUGGGGAGUGCCUGUCCCACAUGAGAAAUAUAAGGAGAAAGUCUUCUAUGUUUGGUUUGAUGCUCCUAUUGGAUACGUCUCAAUAACGUCAUGCUACACAUCUGAAUGGGAGAAGUGGUGGAAGAAUCCUGAGAAUGUGGAGCUUUAUCAGUUUAUGGGGAAAGACAAUGUGCCAUUUCACACUGUGAUUGUGACUGAAUAUUUAAACUACGAAGACGGAAAGUUCUCCAAGAGUAAAGGUGUUGGAGUGUUUGGUAAUGAUGUAAAAGAUACAAAUAUACCUGUCGAAGUAUGGAGAUACUACUUGCUGACCAACAGGCCUGAGGUGUCUGACACAUCAUUUUCAUGGACUGAUUUGCAAGCAAAACUGAAUGGCGAGUUGCUGAACAACCUAGGCAACUUUGUUAAUCGAGUUCUGAGUUUUAUAGCAAAGCCUGAUAAUGCAGGUUAUGGGUCUGUCAUUCCUGAUGCUCAUGAUGCUGAAUCUCAUCCUUUAACAAAAUCACUGGCGGAAAAGGUUGAAAAGUUUGUGGCAGAGUAUGUCGAAGCCAUGGAAAAGGUUAAGCUCAAGCAGGGGCUGAAAACUGCUAUGCUGAUUUCAAGCGAAGGGAACUUUUACUUGCAGACAAGCCAAUUUUGGAAACUUUACAAGGAAGAUAAACCUUUGUGUGCAGUUGUUAUAAGAACUGCUGCUGGUUUAGUUCACCUUCUUGCUCAGUUGUUAGAACCUUUCAUGCCAUCCUUUUCUUGUGAGGUAUUUAAACAGCUAAAUUUGCCUCCACAAUUUUCUCUCUCCGACGAGAGGGGAGAGGUAUUACUAGCAAGUAGACCAUGGGAUAUUCUGCCUCCUAGCCACAGGAUAGGCACCCCUCAACCUUUGUUCAAGGAGUUGGAAAACGAUGUAGUGACACAGUACAGAGAAAAGUUUGCUGGAAGUCAGGCUGAUAGACGUGCUAGGGAUGAAGCAGCAAAUUUGACAGAUCAGCUUAAUAAAACAAAACUUUCAGAUGCCAAGAAACAAAAGGCAUCAUCAUCAAAAGGCGGAGGAAAACCAAAACCUCAACCAGCUGCUGAUCGUGAAAUAACUAUGGCAAGACUUGAUAUUCGAGUAGGUAAAAUUGUGAAGGCUGAGAAACAUCCUAAAGCAGAUACAUUGUAUGUAGAAGAAAUUGAUGUUGGGGGUGGUGAAAUUCGCACUGUUGUUAGUGGACUAGUCAAAUAUAUACCUCUUGAGGAAAUGCAGAACCGUAUGGUUUGUGUUCUUUGCAACUUGAAGCCAGUGAAAAUGAGGGAUAUUGUGUCGCAAGCAAUGGUUCUUGCAGCUUCCAGUAGUGAUGGAAGCAAGGUGGAGUUAGUUGAGCCCCCUGAAUCUGCUAAUAUUGGAGAGCGAGUUACAUUUCCCGGGUUUGAAGGCGAGCCAGACGAUGUCUUAAACCCAAAGAAGAAAGUAUGGGAGACACUUUUGGUGGAUCUAAACACAAAUGAGAAUCUAGUUGCUUGCUACAAAGAUGUUCCCUUCACUACAUCUGCAGGUGUAUGCAAAGUUUCAUCCAUCAGCAAUGGCACAAUCCGGUAAAAGCUUCCUUGAGCCAUAAGUCAUCUAAUUUUCUCCAUUUCUAUCUUUCUCUGUAAGGGGGAAACGAAACGUAUUUCUGAGAUUUUCAUUUGAAAAUUUGAUUCUAAUUACAAACAGGUUAUUGUAAACUUAAAGCUUGUUACAAUUUUGGUUAUCGAUUGAUGUUGUGAGAAACAUUCAGCUUUAUAAAUUGGGCCCAGACGC